AUGGAUUCCAUCGCAAAUCAAUCGAUUCCGAGUGUAACGCUCGAAUCAUCCGUACCGGUUACGGAAGGAUCAAUUAAUAUCGCAAAACGAUAUAAGGAUCGUUCGGAUAAUUUGUACUUCCUGUUCAUUCCGCUUGCAGUACUGGUAACGGUUAUGUUACUGUCCGUUGUGGUCUAUUUAAUGGCAAGGCGACGUCAUAAAAUUCGAUCCAAGUACAGCUACGUGCCCAGCUUUAGUUUCGAAUCGUCCGAUUUGGACGAUGAGAGAGAGGAACGCGAAACCGAUCAUCUGCUUAAAGGGGGCAAACUUCGACUGGACGAAUCACAGUUUGAAGAUGCAUCCGGUGGGAACGAUCGGUUUUCAACAAGUCCUCGGUACGGAGGUGGUGGUACCCGUGAGUUGUUUGCUUAA